AUGGAGACCAAGGUUGAUACAAAAGACAAGGGCGAAAAUGUCACGACUCAUGCCACACCCACGGCUGACCUCGAGUUCGAAGAAGGCCAUGCGCCCAUCUUGUACUCGAAAAGGUCCAUCUUCUUCAUGGUGCUCUUCUCCGGUUUGGCCAUUGGAAGCGAUGCCUACAACAGCGCUCUGAUGGGACAACUGCUCCUACUCUUUGCAGUACUGUAUCCGGACACGCUGAGUGUCGCGACUCAAUCCCAGCUGACCAACGCCUUCAUCAUCGGUCUCAUCCUGGGUAUGAUAGCAUUCGGAUUCAUCAGUGACCGUCUAGGCCGCAAAUCCGGCGCCGUCUUGACCACACUUUUUCUCUCCAUCGGUAUCAUCAUGACCGCCGUAUCACACGGAACCAGCGACAAAGGCCUCUUCUGGAUGCUCACUGUCGCUCGUGGGAUCGCCGGUUUUGGCGCUGGCGGUGAGUAUCCGGUCUCAGGUGCUGGUACUGCAGAAUCCACAGACGACUCUCCCCGAGCUCGCAAACACCGAGGAUUCAUCUUCGCUAUGGUAGGAAGUAUCUCAGCAUCCCUAGGUUUUGUUUUCUCCGGCCUCGUCCCACUGCUCCUGCUGCUAUGCUUUCACGAGCGUGAAGCUCACUAUGAGAAGAUUUGGCGUAUCGCAUUCGCUCUCGGUAUCAUCCCGCCGAUCUCCAUCUUCUGGUUCCGCUGGCGCAUGGCUAUGUCUUCUGCCGAGCGCCGAAGCUCAGCCCGGAACACAAUCCUGCCCUACCACCUCGCCAUAAAACGGUACUGGCGCCCGCUCCUCGGCGCAGCAGCCGCCUGGUUCAUAUACAACUACAUCGCUUACCCCUUCGGCCUCUUCAGCUCCACGAUCUCCGCAUCUGUCAACGCCGAUGACAGCCUGGUUAAAUCUUACGGCUGGGGCACACUAAUAAACUGUUUCUACCUCCCCGGCGGUUUCAUCGGCGGGUAUCUGUCUGACAAGAUUGGCCGGAGGAAGACAAUGGCGCUGGGAUUUGGUUUGCAGGCUUGUCUCGGUUUCAUCAUCGGCGGGUGUCUAGAGUACAUCCAGAAACGCACCGCGCUCUUCAUCGUACUGUACGGUCUCUUCCUCACACUCGGCGAAAUCGGACCUGGAGCUACCAUUGUAGCUACCUCAUCGGAAUUCUUCCCAACCUCGAUCCGCGGACAGAUGCUGGGUCUCUGCGCAGCAGUCAGCAAAGCCGGUGCCGCCAUCGGAACAAGCGUGUUCAAGCCCAUCCUUGCAUCCUACGGAGACGAUACGGUGCGAGGAAACCAGGCGGUGUUUCUCGUUGGCUCUGGAUUCGCGGUGCUGGGUAUGCUGGUUGCGUGGUUCUUCAUCCCCGCGCGCCCGCCGAACCUGGUCGAGGAAGAUGAGAACUGGAAAGUGUAUCUGCAAGAUGCUGGGUAUGAGAUCCAGUGGGGUGAUGAUAAGGCAAAGGAUCCGAAGAAAGUUGUCUUCGACGCCGUGAGGGACAAGACGGUUGAUUGA